CCAGAAAUGUCACAUUUGACAUCCACUCGAUCGGGUUUUAUUGCAAACCGAAAAGAAACAAGAUAAUUCGUUAGCGUUUGCGCUCAGCCUCAACCAAACGACAAUGGGUCACGGAUUUGGAGAACUUGCCAAAGUACGCGGCAUCGUCACGCACAAGAUCUCUCCCUUCGAACAGCGCGCCUUCGCCAAUGUGCUCAGCAAGGGCAUCCCAAAUACGCUCCGACGGAUCCGUUCGCAGAUCUUCAUCGUAGCGCCGCCGUUCGUCAUGGGCUACAUGGUGUACAAUUACGUGGAAAAUCUGCACACCCAAAUCAACCGUAAGAACCCGGCUGACUUCGAAAACGAUUCUUAAGGGCCUCAGAGUGUGCCGGCGAUACAAUCGGCAUAUGCAGCGAUCUGUGGUGCAAGCUUAGCAAUGUAAUAAAACACGAGUGAAAUGUGACGAAAAGA